UGAAUGUUGUAUCAUUUUGCCUUCAGUUAUUUUCUCUAGUAGCUUGCACAUUUUUCCUUAUGGACAGGGGGGUGACGGUGGACUCAAGCCGUAUAGAACGGUGGCAGCUCAGACCCGGCGAUCACAUCUACGCCUGGUUUUAUAAAAGAAUCAUUCCCUACGCUCAUCAUGGAAUCUACGAAAGCAACGGCAAGGUGAUCAACUUCAUCAACGAUGCGGAGUCUGCUUCCUCUGGCUUUUCGGCGUUGUCGUCGUCGUCGUCCUCCUCCUCCUCGUCCUCCUCUUUUCCGUUCUGCUCGAAGUGCCGUGACAAUAUGCGUGCAGGCGGUGUUGUCAAGUGCUGCCUUGACUGCUUCCUAGAAGGAAAUAAUCUUCACCUCUUCGCCUACUCGGUGCCUGAGUGGUUCUAUAAUCUGACCAUUAUUGGUCGAGUUCAAGACACCUGCUCCAUGGUACCUGAAGAGCACCCCGACAAGGUCUUGUACGUGGCCAACGACCUGCUUGACCACGGCGACUUCGGCACUUAUGACCUUGUGCACAAUAACUGCUUCCACUUUGCCUUUUACUGCAAAACAGGACGCGGUUAUGUAUAUCGUUUACAACCAGAGGCGCUUGUUGACCCCUCGACGUCUCCCCCAAGGGCAUGUACAAUCAUGUAGAGAUACUUAUAGACAUACGGCUCUUGUCUUUUUUUUUCGAGGGGUCCAUACGGCUCUUGUCAUAUCAUAUAUAUAGAAAAUAUAAAGGUCUGCCAGGCUUUUCCAUC